AUGUUUGUUUCCAAGGCCUUCGCGGCCGUAUUUGCUGCCGUUGCCCUGCUUGUCCAGUCUACUACAGCACAUUCGACGGAGAGACUACCUCUAUCAUACAUUAGCCGAGUCGACGAUGCCGUGAUCAACACGCCCUCGCACAGGGUACACUCCCAGUCAGCCUUCGACCUCAGCUUCUAUCUCCACGAUCGCCAGCAAAAAAUUCGCUUUGUUCUAGAACCGAACCACGAUAUCCUUCCCGACGAUGCAACAAUACACAUCCUGGGUGUUGAUGGCAAGGUCAAGAAGAUAGAAGCUAUCGCCAGGGACGAGCACAAGGUCUUCAAGGGCACCACGUUUGUUCAAAGGGAAGGCAUGACGGACGCAGACUGGAGGCAAGCGGGAUGGGCACGAGUCUACGUUACGAAGGAUGGAGAGCGACCCAUCUUCCAAGGAUCCUUCAGGGUAAACGGAGUCGACCAUCACAUCCAGACGAAUACGAAUUACAAGCAAACGAUGAUUCCAGGCGACCCCGAGAUCGAGGCUGCGGAGGAAGAAUACAUGGUUGUUUGGCGGGAUUCCGACAUUAUGAUACCCGCACACACCGACCUGAAGCGCGACCUUGCGAGCAUGGGCUCUUGCGCCUCCAACGAACUUGAGUGGAACAACGACAAGAACAACGGGGUCCUGCGGUGGACCGAGGAGGUGUUCGAGCAUCAGAGCCGCUGGGCUGUCAGUCCGAGGAUCCUUUUUGGACGACAGAUGGAUGGAACCCAAGGUGGAAAUGGUGCUGGUGUUAAUCUGCUAAACAGCAUUGGCUCUACAGCCGGUUGCCCGACUUCGAAAAAGGUUGCCCUCAUUGGCAUUGCUACCGACUGCACCUACACGGCCAAGUUCAACUCGACCGAAUCUGUAAGGCAAAAUGUCAUCGACAUGGUCAACAAGGCGUCUCAACUCUUUGAGAGCUCCUUUAGCAUCUCUCUAGGCAUCCGGAACUUGACCAUCAGCGAUAAGGAGUGCCCGGCCACGCCUCCUGACAGCGCGCCCUUCAACAUGCCCUGCAGCAGCGGUGCCACUAUUACCGAUCGCUUGGUGAAGUUCUCCGGUUGGAGAGGCAAGUCCAACGAUAACAACGCCUACUGGACUUUGAUGUCAACCUGCAAUACUGGUUCUGCUGUUGGCCUUGCCUGGCUGGGCCAGGUCUGCCAAGUAGGCGCUGCGAACAGCCAGGACAAUGAAACCGUCGCGGGUGCCAAUGUCGUCGUCAGCACAUCUACCGAAUGGCAGGUCUUUGCCCACGAGUCGGGUCAUACCUUUGGUGCAGUCCACGAUUGCCUUUCAAACACGUGCACAAACGGCGACGCUAGAGAAAACAAGUGCUGCCCUCUUUCCACCACCACCUGCGACGCCAACGCUCAGUUCAUCAUGAACCCGUCCACAGACAGCCGCAUCACGUCCUUCUCGGCCUGUACUGUCGGUAACGUAUGCAGCUUCUUGGGCAGAAACCCCGGCAGAAUGAGCUGCCUAUCCAACAACAAGGACGUGGUCACCAUCAGCGGUCAGCAAUGUGGCAACGGCAUCGUCGAAGCUGGCGAGGAAUGCGACUGUGGUGGCGAAGAAGGGUGCGGAAACAACACGUGCUGCGACCCCAAGACGUGCAAGUUUACCACGAACAGCAUUUGCGACCCAGCCAACGAAGAAUGCUGCACCGACCAGUGCCAGUUCGCCGGCGCCGAGACCAUCUGCCGCGCCAGCACUGGCCCUUGCGAUCCGGAAGAGAAGUGCUCCGGCACCGGCGGCUCCUGCCCGGCCGACAAGACCGCCGACGACGGCACCUCGUGCGGUGACUCGCUCACAUGUGCAUCAGGCCAAUGUACCUCUCGCGAUCAACAGUGCAAGACGUUCAUGGCGAACGAGGACACACACAACAAAACAAGCUCGUGCUCCAGUGACGGCUGCAUGCUCGCAUGUGAAGGUCCCAUGUUCGGAGAUGAUCGGUGCUACACCCUCCCGCAGUACUUCCUGGAUGGCACCCCUUGCGAGGGCGGCGGCAAGUGCUCCAACGGCGUCUGCGAGGGCGCCAAGCUCAGCAACCAGAUACUCGACUGGUUCAGAAACAACAAGAACAUAGCCAUCCCCGUCGGCUGCGUCAUCGGUGGUCUUCUCCUCAUCGCCUUCAUCAGCUGCUGCUGCAGCUGUUGUCGGCGCGCGCGGUCGAGGAGAGUACCUCCGAGGAUGGCGCCGCCGCCAGAUAUGGGCCGCCAUCCUGCGGGGUGGAACUGGGGUGGAGGUAGGAACGGCGGGCAUGUUCCGUUGCCGUCGCAAUCGGGACCGCUACCGCCGCAAUCGUACCAAGGGCCACCGCCGCCAUAUCAGCGGGGACCGCCGCAGCCUCCGAUGGGACAUCCUAUGGGCCAGGGACAGUUCCCGGGCCAAGGAGGAGAUGGGAGGUAUGAGGCCGUUUAG